CAGUAAAAUUAAAGCUUUAACUUCAGCAGGUUGAAGCUAAAAUCAGUAAAUACUGGAAGAACUGAAGAAGAGAAAUGAUUCAAGAGCACAAAUUUUAAAAAUUAUUGUUUUAUGAUGUUUUUUGGGGGCUUUUUUAGGCUUUAUUGUAUAGUACAGUGGAGAGAGAGACAGGAGGAAUGAGCUGCAGUACAUAAGCUCCAACCAUCAGGACUAUAGCUGCUGUAGUCAGAGUGUGAAAUGAACACUUGACUGGUACAUGGUUCUUGUGCAGAUGUGAAUCAUUUCAACAUCGGAGCUGAUAGCCAGCACAGAAGAAUAAGAUGAGAUGAACUUUAAUGAUCCCACAGUGGGGAAAGUUUACUGUUACAGCAGCUCCAAGGAGAAAAAAUAGCAUAAAGACAGUAUCGAAUCAAUUAUUUAUUUAACAGGGACGAUACAUACAACAUUGCCACAAUGGGAAAAUGUGAAUGUAUAUCGGACGUCUAGCUUCAGCUAAUUUGCAGUCUUUGUCCCUGGUCAGGAUUUACCGUAAAAUAAAUUAUACAGAAUACAGAUACAACCUUUCAAAUAAAAUAAUACAGUGAAUACAAUCAAUGAGUACCACAAAUAAAUAAACACAGUUAUAGUAAACUAAAACACAAGUUACAUUUAACAUCAGAGAUUAGAAACACAGAUGUGUUUUUUUAGAAGACCAAGAGAAGAGAUUGAAACAGUUUUAUUUGAAAUCACUACUCUUUCAAGAAGCAGUGUUUUUUGCAAACUGAGCUGUGAUUCAAACUCUUGAACUUCUAAAUUUGGAAAAGUAUGAAGUGUCCGGCCCCUCCUCAUCCCCCAUGCUUAGUUUCACUUUCGUGUUUCUCAGUAUAAAGCAGGAAGCUUCACCAGUAAACUGCUGACACUACGUUACAGCUGUGGUUUUUGCCGCUUUGGUUUUGGACAACAUCUGCUUCUGCUAUGAACCCUGACAGUGCAGAUGAUGGAACACAAGGCAAAGAGCCUCUCAGGAUCAUGCUUAUUGGAAAGAGUGGAGCAGGAAAGAGCUCCAGUGGGAACACCAUCCUCAAUAAGAAGGUGUUUAAAUCAGACAUGAAGCUGAAGAGAGUCACCAUCCACUGUGAGAAGGAGGAUGGGAUGGUGGACGACAUGCCGGUCUCUGUCAUCGACACGCCGGGGCUUUUUGAGAAAGAACGCAACAAGGAUGAAAUAGUUCGAGAGAUUCUCCAGCGUGUGAAGCUCCAGGAACCAGGACCUCACAUCUUUGUGUUCGUGAUCAAUUUAGGAAGAAUGACCCAGGAGGACCAGGACACCAACACCCUGAUCGAAGCAAUGUUUGGCCCCAGAGUUUGGGACUACACCAUCGUGCUGUUCACCCAUGGGGACAGGCUGGAGAACAAGUCUAUAAACGAUGUCAUUACAGAGAGCGACGACAACCUCCGCAGCUUCAUACGCAAGUGCAGUGGAGGCUUCCAUGUCUUCAACAACAAAAAACCCGAGGACCCGUCGCAGGUGACCACCUUGCUGCAGAAGAUCCAGACCCUGAUGGCCUUGAACGGAGGAAGUUACUACAAGACAAAGUUGUACCCCGAAAAGGAGAGGAGGAUCAGAGAGAAACAGGAGAGCAUCCUGGCAGAGAGAAACCAUGACAUCAGCAACAAGGAGAAAGAUCUGAAGGAGCAUUUCAAGGGGGAAGAGCUGGAGGUGAAGAUAAAGGAGAUGUGGAGAAAAGAGGAGGAGAGCUCAAGAAAAGCUGCAGAGAAGAGCAGCCAGAGCUCCUACUUCAUGAAGGUUCUGAUCAUGUUGUUGUUAUUUAUGGGUCUGCUGGUUGGUUGGGUUCUUCAGCUGCCAGCCUGGUCCCUGUUAGUUGUAGGAGUGGUUCUGAUUUGGAUGCUCUUCAAGAUCUAUCCAACUAUUCCAGGAAAAAUAUGGCAGCUCCCGAAGAAAACCGAAUAGGUGUUCUUUGUGACAACUAGGGAUAGAUGGAUUUUUGGCCUGGCUGAUUAUUGUGAUUUUUCAGGUUACUGAUGUGGAUAUUUUUAUGAAGUGAUUGCUGAUAAAUGAAAUGAUCUACUCCAGGUCUGAUGCAGCCUCAUCUCUCUGUCUGUUUCACUCUGUGCUCUCAGAAAUGUCUACAGCAGAGACACAAAAACUCAACAAGAAACUCAAGCCAUUAUAAACCAGGAAAUUAGCUCCUCUCACAGUGGCUAAUGCUACGCUGACGGCUAGCAGCUGAGUUGGAAGACUACAGAUUACCCCGAAACAGAGUCUAGAAAACAAUAAUAAAGCCUGAAGAUCUGGACCUUAGUGAUCAAAAAAGUGAUGAAAAUGGAGAAGCACAGCAGGAGACAAUCAAUCAAUGAUCAAUGAUCGAUGAAGAGUGUCCUGAUUUUAUUUUACAUAUUCAGCUACAGUCACUCUUAUUAAUUAAAAAAAUACAAGGUAUGAAUGACAGGUUUACAUUAAAUGCUUUUGCUUCCGGUUCUUGGUCAUCAGCCUUUCUCGAUCACCAAUAAUCGGUAUCGGCCCUGGAAACCCAUAUCGGUCGAUCCCGAGGAGCAUUGUUAGUCAUUCAUUCUUCAUCAGUCAAUUCUGUGAUGUAAGAAACAGAAUCUGUUUUAUUUCAGAGAAAUUGCUCAGAAAACAUAUUUUUAGAAGCAGCCGAUGGUCAGCUUAUAUUAAAUUUAACUCCAGAUUAAUCCACCAUCAGACAACUGUAAAAAUGCUGCUACCUGGUUAAAGAAGGCUUAAUCUUGUUUUUAAUGAAUUAAUUCAGAAAUAAUUUGGUGUAUUGUGUAGCAUGUGUUUCACAGGAAUAUCUAACAAUGUGUCUGACUAAAAUGUUGUUCAGGUUUCAUUUUACUACUAAUAAAGUCCUCUUUGCUGCUCA